AUGUUCUGCUGUUCAGGAACCAUGAUAACACCACAACAAUCAAACUUGGCUCAGACUGGGAGUUCUUUUCCUCCUCCACCAGAAUAUGCUCAAUGUUAUACGAGUGAUAGAGUGAAUGGAAUUACGUAUCCUCCUCCAUUACCGCCUCCUGCAGUUCAGACAGAUUUUACUGUUUUCGGAGAAGAAUACAGAUUAAACGAUGAGAUAAUCAGAUCACUGCCUUCUCAAGGUAUAAAACAGCUGUAUCCCUUGAAAUAUGACUGGAAGACGGAGAUGAAGAAGCUCAACACUAGUGCCUUAACAGCUUUCUUAGAUUUGAUUGAAAUACUGAUUCGUUCUCCUGACAAUCCAGAGAGGAUAGAGAAGCUGAAUGAUAUUCAAACCAUAUUCAUUAAUAUGCAUCAUUUGAUAAACGAAUACCGUCCACUACAGGCUCGUGAUACGCUCCGUUUGAUGCAAAAGCUACAGCUUGAAGAAUUAGAAAAAACUAUUACUCGAUUCAGAAAACAUUUGACGGCAGGUCGAGAAGCAUUACAAGAAGAACUUUCGAUGAAAAACGUCAAGCUUCUGCCUGUCCCGAGACCUUCGCCAUUAUCGGGUAUCUCGUUGGACUCUGACGAUGACUGUGAAAUGCCUGUUUUAGAAAAAGAAAAGAAUUAUCCUAUGGAAGAAGGAGAACACAAUAACUCGGUGAUGGAAUUGAUUAGGCGAACUGCAGCCAAACCUUCCACACCCAACUUGAAGGGUAGACAAAGGAUAGACAAACUAUUCCUCGAUUCCUCCUAA